CACGAAUGGGUAUAGCCCAGUCGAGUUUUGUCGUCGAGACCGAUUGCCUCAAUAUUUAGGGUAUCAUUCUUUCGCUUUCGGAUACCUAGCCAAACUUCAAGAUAACGUUUGGAUUACAAAGAGUUCAUAUUAAUUAUUAAACACACGCAUUACGCUGAGAGCCGCAAUAAUAAACACGUAAAAGAUUGCAGUGAUAGUUUCGAGCACAAAGAAACCUAACGAAAUCUUCAACGGGAAUCCAUCAAAGGACAAGAUGGAUAAUACUCCUUAUAAUGAAAAGACAUAUUUUCCCGCUCCCUUCCACUUCCCCGUCUUCAAUGACUCCAAGGAGCCGACAAUAACUACGCUUAACGACAAUGAACUAAACAAGUAUCAUGACGACCGGACUUACUUCGUAAGGAUGUGCAGACAGAAGAUCGAUAGAGGCGAAUUGCCAGCAAAUUUCGAUCAAUGGACAGUUGAACAGCAACAUGAGCACCUGAUGAGCAACGUUGACAAGUACUUCCCGAAUAUACCGGCAUCCUUAAGAUUCAUUCUGCCUGGUAUCUUCAAGGAAGGAGACUGCGGCCGAUCUGCGAGCGAGAGGCCGGACUGGCUGGACAUGGACAAAUUCCGCCGUGGACAGAAGUUUGCUCAGAAUUACUUCUUCGGGAUCUGCGCGGCCCAGAUAAUGUCUCUCUUUUUCAUAUUCAAUUAUGUGGAUGGACUGAAAACUUUGAUCCUCAGCCGGAAGUCCGAUACGCCGUAUCGAGCCUUUAAACGGUACCUGUCAACUGUGAUUCGCGUGAAUCGUUGGUGCCUGGAGGACCCGUGGGACCAAAAGACACAGGCUCAUAGAGAUAUCCAAGAGGUGCGCAGCAUGCACCUGGCGAUGAGACGGAGGCUCUGCAAUUACAACUACGAGCAGAUCGACGCAAAAUCCAAGAUCUUGCGUCCUUACUGUCCGAUGCAGAAGAUACUCGCGCAAGAUUUCAAGGACACGUGUCCGAUGGCGAACGACCUUCAAUGUCCUUUUAUGAUGACUCGAACUAAGAGUAUCAACCAAGGCGACAUGUCCUGUACGCAGUUUACGUUCAUGAAUAUGAUAGUGCUCUACCCUAAGAAGUUUGGCGUGCACGACGUCAGCGACGAUGACUUGGAGGCCUUCUGUCAUAUGUGGCGAGGGCUGGGCUACCUUCUGGGAAUCGAAGAUCGUUACAAUUUCUGUCGUGGCAGCAUACAGGAGGUGCGGGAACGCGUCAAGGACACUAUUGAAUACUGGGUAAAGCCGUAUUUGUCAUCGGUAUUACCGGAAUGGGAACAUAUGUUAGCAUGUCUCUACAAGGGGUUGCACUAUUACGUAACAAUGACAAAUUAUAAAAUUGUUUUGCUCUACUUUUGCCACGUUUUAGAUUUGAAUAUGCCCCGUCUGUAUAAGUCUUUAAGCUUGAUGGAGAAAGCAAUAUACAUGUCGUGGUACUUCAUGUUCAAUUAUUUGACAAAGUUGCCGGUCGUCGUUGCUGUCCUCAACGCAAAGUUACGCAGCUAUUUGAAUUCAGCAGUGAACUUUGGACCCCAGAAACAUGCCGAGCUCAAAAAGAGAUCGAGCAGAUUACAACGCGUUUCAUUGUAGUUAAUCUGUAUAGUAAUAACUAAAAAGUCAAUAAAGAUAACAUGUUAUGGUUAUAUUAAAGAUAACAUGUUAUGGUUAUAAAGAUAACAUGUUAUCGUUAAUUAAAGUUACGUUUAUGUUCAUUACAGCUAUCUUCUUUUCUUCUCCAGGGAAUAUGUAAUGUUUAAUAAAUAUAUGUAAAAUGAUUUAUUCUUUACGACUAAUAAACGACUCUUACAAUUCGAAUUGAACAGGCCCCGUCUUUAUAAGUCUUUUAGCUUUCAGCAAAAAGGAGUGUAUU